AUGGAAACCGAUCAAGUCCAUUGGCUAGCAGGCUUGCCAUACGACUGGAUGUCUUUUGCACCUGCGGAUGCAAAGACACAAGAGCUGGCCAAACAAGUUCUGAGCUCAGCCGAUCGCAGUCGGUAUUUGGCUGAGGGGAAGAUGCAACUCGAAAACUUUAUCGUUUACACCGCCGUAGACACGUCCACCCGCAAGAAACCCCUCGAAGGCUGGCCCGGUAAGCGCGUCAUCAGCCUCAUGCACGUUCUUGUCGACUCAGUAUCACGGGGUACUCUCACGCUGCGAUCAUCUGACCCUGCUGACGCCCCCGUGCUGGAUCCCAGACUCCUUGCAUCCCCGAUUGACCGAUCGGCGAUGUACGAGAAUGUGCGGGAGACUGCGCAUGCCAUACAGGCCGUCGAGGGUCUCAAUGCUGUCGAGUUCGGAGUCGACGAUUUCCUCCGUGACAAUUGGUCUGAUGAGGCGAUCGAUGUCCGGGCGAACCGGAGUGGUGGUAGUUGCUUUCACUACUCGGGGACUUGUGCGAUGGGGGAAGUUGUCGACACUGAGUGUCGGGUGUAUCAGGUUGAGCGAUUGAGGGUUGUGGACUCUGGUGUAUUCCCACUACCGUUGGCGGCGCAUUAUCAGGCGCCUACGUAUGGUGUUGCUGAACAGGCUGCUGAUAUGAUUCUUUCCUCAGUGGCGUGA